CCCCCGCUAGAGGGGCUCAGCUCUGGGAUUCAAGAUGGAGUCGCUGAGUCGAGCUGGGCAGGAGAUGAGCCUGGCGGCCCUGAAGCAGCACGACCCCUACAUCACCAGCAUAGCAGACCUCACGGGCCAGGUCGCUCUGUACACGUUCUGCCCCAAGGCCAACCAGUGGGAGAAGACUGAUAUAGAAGGGACCUUAUUUGUAUAUCGAAGAUCAGCUUCACCUUACCAUGGUUUUACCAUUGUAAAUCGACUGAAUAUGCAUAAUCUAGUUGAACCAGUGAAUAAAGAUUUGGAAUUUCAGCUUCAUGAACCAUUUCUUCUGUAUAGAAAUGCAAGCUUGUCAAUAUACAGUAUCUGGUUUUAUGAUAAGAAUGACUGUCACCGCAUAGCAAAACUCAUGGCCGAUGUGGUCGAAGAAGAGACCCGUCGAUCCCAGCAAGCUGCUCGAGAUAAACAGAGUCCCAGCCAGGCCAAUGGCUGCAGUGACCACAGGCCCAUCGACAUCCUAGAGAUGCUGAGCAGAGCCAAGGAUGAGUAUGAGAGGAAUCAGAUGGGCGACUCAAAUAUCUCCAGCCCUGGGUUACAGCCAAGCACCCAGCUCUCCAAUCUGGGAAGCACUGAGACUCUAGAGGAGACACUCUCCGGGUCACAAGAUAAGUCUGCUCCAUCGGGACACAAACAUCUGACGGUGGAAGAGUUAUUUGGAACGUCUUUGCCAAAAGAACAGCCUGCCGUUGUGGGUCUGGAUUCAGAAGAAGUGGAGAAGCUGCCAGGAGAUGCCUCCCAGAAAGAGCCCAGCUCGUUCCUACCAUUUCCCUUUGAGCAGUCAGGAGGAACCCCUCAGUCAGAAAACCUGGGUGUCCAUGCAACCACCCACCACACAGUCCAACCUGAAGUCACCACUCCGGUGCUAAUUACUCCCGCCUCCAUCACACAGUCCAGUGAAAAGCAUGCCCCAAGCUACACAAUCCCGUUAAGCCCUGUUCUCAGUCCUACUCUGCCAGCUGAAGCUCCUACUGCACAGGUUCCCCCCAGCUUACCUCGAAACAGCACCAUGAUGCAAGCAGUGAAGACCACGCCUAGACAGAGGUCUCCACUCCUAAACCAGCCAGUCCCUGAGCUAAGCCACACCAGUCUGAUUGCCAGCCAGAGCCCCUUUAGGGCCCCACUAAGCAUAACCAACACAACUGGCACGGCCCUCCCAAGUGUUGAUCUUCUCCAGAAACUCAGGUUGACUCCACAGCAUGACCAAAUACAGACACAGUCACUUGGGAAAGGUGCAAUGGCACCCAGCUUUUCUGCAGCAUCUGGCCAGCUAGCCACACCUGAGAGCUUCAUAGAGCCUCCCUCCAAAACAGCAGCAGCAAGAGCAGCAGCCUCAACCUCCCUGAGCAGCAUGGUGCUUGCUCCCCUUCAGUCUAUGCAGCAAAACCAGGAUCCUGAAAUAUUUGCCCAGCCUAAGGUGUUAUCCAGUGCCAUCCCGGUUGCAGGCCCUCCACUGACUACUGCAACAACCACAGCAGUGUCUUCAGUCCUGUUGUCUCCAAGUGUUUUCCAACAGACAGUUCCAAGGUCCACAGACCUAGAGAGGAAAGCAAGUUCCCCUUCACCUCUCACUGUUAGAACACCAGAAAAUCAGAGAAAGCCUUCCAUCAUCCUUAGCAAGUCUCAGCUCCAGGAUACGUUGAUACAUCUCAUAAAGAAUGAUUCCAGCUUCCUCAGUACACUUCAUGAAGUUUACUUGCAGGUUCUGACCAAGAACAAAGAUAACCACAACCUAUGACUGGAGUGGAAUAAAUCCGAAGGUAGAGGGUCAACCUCAAAAACAAUUAGGCUUCAUCAUGGAAACUUCUUUCUGGGCAGAACAUUGAGUUUUGAGGAUCCUGAAAAUGAGCCUAUGAGAAAGAGACUCAUUCCUUAAGAAUGUUUUCCAAGUGACAUUCUCAGUGAUAAUGGAGGUUUCACUGUGAAGCAUCACCAGCAGACCUUUGACAAAAACAAACAAAAAAAAACAUUGUGUGAGUUAUGUGGGUAUUUUCAUCAGCUGUAAGCAAGUAUGUGAAGAGAGGGGUCUGAUUUUCAGCUUGCUUUCCCUUUCAAGGACUUAGGGAGGAGAAGCCACCAGCCUUGCCGCAGAACUCAGCCUAGCCCACACCCUUGCCGCCUAGAAACUUGGGCAUUAAGCUGAUAGUCGAGUUCUGAACAGAGUAGGUCAACUCACAAAGUAGCUUCAAGUUUUAAGGAUCGGAGUUUAAGUUGAUAAAUUAGGAAUUAUUUGUUCAAGUGAGGUAUAUUUUAUACGCGUGCCCCAUUUGGGCCUUAAAAGUUCUGAGAUUUCUUUGUGUUUUGUUUUUAAGUGUCCCCAGUCCUGCCUGCAGCAGGCGCCAAUGCAGCAUUGCCUUUUGAAUAGGGCCCUACUGGGCUCUGUGGUGAUGUGGGAGGGAGCAUGUCACACCUUCCAAGCAGGCUCAAGAGCUGGGAAUGCCCAUCCUACCAGAAAUCUUCAUUUUAAGUUAAACUCCCUAGUGGUUCUGAAAAUGUUAAGUUCAUGUGUGAAACACAGCCUUAUUCUCCUUUUCUGUCAAAACACAGAAGUCAUUGUUGAUUAUUUUCCUUAACACUUUGACAAAAGGACCAGUGGACCAAUCUGACAAAGCCAUUCUGGUUCCAUUCCUCAAGUGUACUGAGAACAGUUUUAAAGCUAUGCAGAAAAGGGAGCUGUUAUCCACAUGGCCCUUACUUUGUUGUAGAAUAUGGAGUUAAAAAGAAAGUGUGAGAUUCAGAACUUUACUAAUGUAUUCCUUGGCUGUGAGAACUUUUCCAGCCCAAAGUGAAAAUAUGUAAAGAUGCUUUGUUAUGCUGCUAUUGAUCUGCCAUGAUUUAUAUUUAUUCUUUUAUGGCAUGUAAUGGUGUUUAGUAAUAUUUUAAUGUAGAUUUUGAUUUAUUUCAGCAAUAGUAAUUUUAAGAUAUUUUUUGAAUGAAAGUGUCUUUGUUUCUAUGAUACAGGUCAUUUUGUAGUAUUUAACCAAUUAAGAUGCACUGCUUACUUUUCUGAGCACUAUUUAAUGAUGGGGUAAAAACCCAGAUGGCUCAACCAGCUAGCAUAAGGAUUAGCUGUCAAUAAUGCUGACAGAUGUGAUGGUUCCUCGGGAACAAUCAUUUAAGCUUUAAUGGUAACUCAAUCAUAAGUCCAUAGAUUUUUUUUCUAGCAGAAAUUUUAGAAAAUUACUUGUGAAUUACAUACUUGUUUUAGUUUGGUCGUAGUUUUUUUAGCAUAAAGAAUACUUUGUUUGAUUGGCUUAUGUUAAUCUAAACAUGCUUCCUUGAAGGUGUUUCUUCUUCUCGAUUUAGUGUCUUCUGUUGCUGUCUACCUACUUAUGUGUGAAUUGUGCAGAAAUCAGGGAAGCUUAUAAAUUUUCUUACUCAAUUAGGAAUAGUUUGUUUUCAAAGAUAGUGUGUAAAUUCAGCAACCAAAAAUGAAUUGCUCGUGUGUCAUCUAGGAAAGAGAAAGUUCUAGUAAGAUCAAAAUUAUAGUAAGGAAUGUUGCUGACAUCAGGAGAUGGUGUCCAAGGAACCACAUGAUUGUUCUUAUAAAAUGAGUGCACCAGGAGAUUUGAUCACACCCUAAGUGUAGUCUCAGUGGGCUUUAGUAGACAGACGAAUCAAGGGAUUCUCAUUAUAGUAGACAUUUGAAUUUAAUGAUGCUUUCGAGUAUGUAUAAUAUUAUGAGAGAGUAAAAAGAGAAUAUCCUAAAGAGGAUCUAUAAUCAAAUCUGUUAAUUUUCAUCCUUUAAUCAUAGGAGUGAAUAUGAUCAACAGUGAAAGAGAAUCUAUGAUAAUGCUUCCUUAGUGUGAAAGUGAACUUUUUAAGUGCCCAAGUCAUGGAGACUUGAAAAGGGUAAACCUGUUUCAACUCCCAAAUUUAUAUCUUCAAAGCAUUUACUUAAAAUUCAGAAGCCAGAAGUUCAUGGUUACCAGGAGGUUCAGGCCAGAUGAGUCCCUGGAGAGCCAGGCCAAGCCUGGAUAGUUGCAGUUGGAUUACCCUGACCUGAAAAUUACAGUUCAGUUGCCUUAUUCCCUCUUCAGGCUUACUGUCCAAAACCUCAUGCUUCGGUUGCAUGUUUACAUUGCUGCCAUGUCUUUACUGGAACCUUAGUUGGAUAGAAAUGGACAGCAAGAUAGAAAUCCUUCUAACUGGAUUUUGCAAAACCCCAGGAGGCCUGCACUUGGACCACUCUGUCCACCUGUCACCCACCCUGCCCGUUACCCCUGCAGUCCAAGUGUAGGCUCUGGGAGGAGCCACCCAGAACUUUAAGUGUGGUGUGUCUAGGAUGCCACCAGUGGGUGGCACUGCUCACGUGUUUGCUGCAGUUAAAGUGAUGUCGUUGAAUGGUCACACCACACCUCCCAGAUCACCUUAUUCCUCUUUGUUGUGCAUCUUUCCCAGGAUUUGUGAAUUGUGAAAGUUGUCCUACUUGCUGGGCAUGUUGGCACACACCUUAUUCCCACCUACUCAGAAGACUGAGGCAGGAAGAUUGAAAAAUCGAGGCCAUCCUGGGCAAUUUAGCAAGACCAUGUCUAUAAAUUAAUUAACUAGUUAAUUAAUUUUUAAACAAGGACUGGGGGUGUAGCUCAGUGGUAGAACACCCUGGGUUCAAUCCCCAGUACUGGGGGCAGGGUUGGGUGGGGGAUAGCUUUGUGUUUUUUUGUGGGUUUUUUGUUGUUGUUGUUCUUGUUGUCUUUGUUUUUAAGUGACCAUCAGUGUCAUGAGAAGCAUUUCCUGCAGUCGCCUACGGAAUGUUUACAGCUUACCUUGAACAGAGUAGUGUUUUGUUCAGAAUCUAAGUCAACCUGGGCACUUCUCUACAAGAAGGAUGCACAAACUUAGUUUAGAAUAUGUCUAACCAGAUUUUGCAUGUUCAAGCAUUUAUUCUAUUUCUGGCCUAUAUUUUCUUGUUGAAAUUAUAGACACCAUCAAAUCUGCUACUAGGUAAAUAUUUUUAAACCAUGCAGCUUUAUUAUUCUCCUCCCCCAAAGAAUGUAGUUUGAAAUUUUCUUGUUUGGUGGUAGAGGCCAUGACUGCCAUUAUAUUAUUAAUAAUGCAACAUGAAAUUGAAGGUGCCUAACUGCUUAAAAAACAAAAUCAGCCAUCAUACUGUAACUCGGAGAGGAAUGUGAGGUGACAGAGGCACAAGUGAGCUCAGCCUAAGUAGUAAGGACUGAGAGUCGUGGGCCCGUGUCCUGUGUCCUUGCUGCACAUUUGCUGCAGGGCCUGUGGGGUGUUUUGUUUUGUUUUGUUUUGUUUUUUUCACGCCUACCUUUGGUUUUCUUCGGUUGUGUUCAGAGUAUCUUCAGGAAUCAAUAGUGCUCUGUGUUUUCAAGUGUCUAAAAAGUUAAUAUCUGAACAGAGCAAAGCAACUUACACUGAGCUUUUUAAAAGCUAUGCUUGAGACUAUUUCUAUGAGCAGGCCAGGGCCCCCAAGGAGCCUGUUUUUCAGCAAAUAUCAGCAGGAGAGAUGUGUGCAAUCUUUCACUCAGAUUUGGAUUUUACACCUUUCUUUAAAAUGCUAAGAUGCAAUAUUGAUCACUUUGAAGUGGCAAAAAUGCAAGAUUGUGUUUCCCUUGUAUCCAUGUUGUGAAUUCUUAGGAAACAUGUUUUUAAAAUGUGUGUUCUAAAUGAUCUUUUAUUCUGUAUUACUGCUUUGGCGGUUUGGCUCACAACUUUCAUUGUAUUAGAUUCUUAGCUCCCUGAAAUGUGGGGACAAGAAGCUCUGGAAUGACAGCAAGGUUUUUGUUCCAUGAGCGCAAUACAGCAUCAUUAACAUUUUUAAUGGUAUGGAUUUUAUACCAUCUGUGUAUGUUUGCAAAUAUUAAGUUAUUACAUGUUUUAAAAUGAGCAUUUUUCAUCCUAAAUUUUAUAUGUUUGCAAAUAUAUUUUUUUAAUAAAAUUUGAAAACCAAGUUUUAGCACCUA